CACAACCUGGCAAAUUGGGCGAGGCGGGGGCCAGAGCCCUGGACACGCCACUUCCGGCGGAAGCUGAACUGUCUGGCUUCCUCUCGGAGUUGGUCCUACAAGCCAGGAAGCUGCGCUUUUAAACGGGAAGGAGCCGCAAACUCACUUUCUGAAAUUCGCCUCGGGCCAGUUGUGAGUGGGCUCCAUCCCGGCCCUGCGGCCGGAGCAGCCCCUGCCCGAGGGCGGCUGCUGGCGAGAAGAGGACGUUCUCUCUUCCGGAACGGAAGUAGCGCACACAGGCUGUUUCCGGGGGGCCGGAGGCCGUCGUCGCGCCGUUCCCCGCCCCGCCUCCCGCGCGGCCACGUCUCCGCUGAGCAGCAGAGCCGGGCCGCUACCGCGGCUUCCUCAGCGCCGGGGUGUCAUGAUACUAUUUGCUUUGAUUUUGAGCCAUUUAUGAGACUUUAAAUCUCCUGAAAAUGGAAAACCUCGUGCUGCCCUCCCCAGGAGCUCGUGACUGUUGGUGAUGGCAGAAACAGAACUUGCCAGCAGCUCACUUGCAGCCCCUGACUGUCAGCCCAGCCGGUGUCAUCGUGACCAUGGAUGGUACGUCGGCCGUGCAGGCCGGCUCCCUGGAGGACGGAUCCAGCAGCGGCACCUCCGCUCAUCCCAAUGUCCUCCCAAGGCCCCCAGGUUCGCGGGCACCGCCUAACCAGUGGGAUGAAGCUCAGCAUGCCAGUGUUGAGGCUAACAGAGCUGCCGAUGGAAGACAAAGCUGGGGCCCACCCAGCCAGGGGGACACCUGUCAGAACGGGCCGACGCCACAGCUCCCAGACCCUCCACCGGCUCUCGGUCCCACCACGAGCCCAGUGGGUCCUGCUGUCCCUCCAGGUGUGGCUGGUUUCCAUGACAACCUAAGGAAGUCUCAGGGGCCUAGUGCUGAGGGCAGUGUUAGAAAAGAAGCUUUGCAGUCUCUCAGGCUGAGUCUUCCUAUGCAAGAAACUCAACUGUGCUCAACAGAGGCCUCACUGCCCCCGGAGAAGGAGGAGCAGGUCCGACUGCAGGCUCAGAGGCGGCUGGAAGAACAGCUGGCGCAGUACAGGGUGAAGCGCCAGCAAGAAAGGUCCAGUCAGCCUGCAGCUAAAACACGACCCUUCAGCACACUUGACCCUGAGCUCAUGCUGAACCCAGAAGCCUUACCAAGGGCCAGUACGGUGGCCAUGACGAAGGAGUACUCCUUCCUGCGCACGAGUGUCCCUCGGGGGCCCAAGGUGGGCAGCUUAGGGCUCCUGGCACAUCAGAAGGAGAGAAAAAGCUCCAGAUCAAGCAAGAUUCGGUCUCUGGCUGACUACAGAACUGAAGACGCAGACUCUGGGAACUCUGGCGCAAGUGUCCCGGCCUCGGACUCUGGCAGGGGCUCCCUGAUGCAGAGCCAAAGUAGCGUGGCGUCAGUGGUAUCUGCAGUGAGUCUGUGUCCUGAGGCCGAUGACCACCUGGAGAAUGCAUCUCUGACGGGAGACGACGUAUCUGAGGCCGAUGGGAACGAGAGUGACAGCUCCUCCUACAGCAGCGUGUCUGCCCGAGGGGUGGGCGGCCUCGCGGCGAGUACCGUGACCGCACGUGAAGCCUCCUAUAUGGUCGGCGGCCAGGAGAUUGCCGCCAGCUCCCUGGGCCAGUUCCCAUCCAUCACUGACAUCCUCCAGGCCGCUGCGGCUGAGCAGCAAGACCAGGCCCGGGAGGCCAAAGGCGUGACGCGGAGCCCGGCAAACAGCAUCUGCAGCAGCAUGUCCCUGGAGAGUUCUGUGGCUGAAACGCACGAUGAAAUGUUGCAGGUUCUGAAAGAAAAAAUGAGACUCGAAGGACAGCUGGAGGCCUUGUCACUGGAGGCCAGUCAGGCGCUGAAAGAGAAGGCAGAGCUGCAGGCGCAGCUUGCACACCUGGAUACGCGGCUGCGGGCCCACGUGGAGCAGAGUCACAGCAGCCAGCAGAAGCAGGACUCACUCAGCUCGGAGGUGGAUACUUUGAAACAGUCUUGCUGGGACCUGGAGCGAGCCAUGACUGACCUGCAGAACAUACUGGAAGCCAAGAAUGCCAGCCUAGCCUCCUCCCACAGUGACCUGCAGGUGGCAGAGGAGCAGUACCGCCGGCUGCUGGCCAAAGUGGAGGACAUGCAGGCCAGCAUGCUCAGGAAGGACAACACAGUGCAUGACCUGCGACAGCAGAUGGCUGCCUUACAGAGCCAGCUCCAACAAGUGCAGCUGGAGCGUGCCACGCUGACCAGCAAGCUGCAGGCAUCCCAGGCCGAAAUCUCGUCUCUGCAGAACGUGCGGCAGUGGUACCAGCAACAGCUCGCCCUGGCUCAGGAGGCCCGGGUCCGACUGCAGGGCGAGAUGGCACACAUCCAGGUUGGACAGAUGACCCAGGCGGGCCUCCUGGAGCACCUGAAGCUCGAGAACGUGUCCCUGUCCCACCAGCUGUCAGAGACGCAGCACAGGUCCAUCAAGGAGAAGGAACGCAUUGCCCUCCAGCUCCAGGGCAUCGAGGCUGACAUGUUGGACCAGGAGGCAGCCUUUGCUCAGAUUCAAGAAGCGAAGACGAUGGUGGAAGAAGACCUGCAGAGGAGGCUGGAGGAGAUGGAGGGGGAACGGGAGCAGCUGCAGAAGGUGGCAGCCUCAGCAGCAACGCUGGAGCAGCAGUUAGAUCAGGUGAAGGUGAUGUUGCAUCAGCGAGACCAGCAGCUGGAGGCCCUGCAGCAGGAGCAGCUGGACCUGCUGAAGCAGCUCACCGUGGCCCAGGAGGUGCUGCAAAGCAGGGAGCAGUCCCUGGGCGAGCUGCAGGUGCGCUUCGACGAGCUGCAGGUCCGGCUGGAGGAGCUGCAGGGGGAGGCCGCCUGCAAGGACGACACGAUCCACUUCCUGCAAAACGAGAGGGUUGUCCUGGAGGUGGCUCUGCAGGCAGCUCGCAGCGGCUCAGAGGAGGUGGCUCAAGGGGCCAAACGCCUGGAAGAAGGGGCCGAGCAGACCUCAGGAACGUUGGAACAGCUGAGACAGGACUUAGCCGUCAAGUCUAGCCAGGUGGAGCACCUGCAGCAAGAGACUGUCACUCUGAAAAAGCAGAUGCAGAAAAUAAAGGAACAGUUUCUUCAACAAAAGGUGAUGGUGGAGGCCUACCGCCGGGAUGCCACCUCCAAAGACCAGCUCAUCAGCGAGCUGAAGGCCACGAGGAGGAGUCUGGACGCGGAGGUGAAGGAGCUGAGGCAAGGGCUGCUACAGCUCCAAGGGGACAAAGCGUCCGUGGAGGCCGAGCGGUCCCGUCUGCAGAAGGAGGCAUCCCACAUUCAGCAGCAGAUGGCGGCCCUUGAAGACCAGCUCGUGUCGGUGCAGAGGGAGCGGGACGAGAUGGAGACACACCUGCAGUCUUUGCAGUUCGACAAGGAGCAGAUGGCCGCCCUCACGGAGGCCAACGAGGUGCUCAAGAGGCAGAUGGAAGAGCUGCAGCAAGAAGCCGCCAGGGCCAUCGCUGAGCAGAAGCAGAGGAUGAAGCGGCUGGGCUCGGACCUGAGCAGCGCCCAGAAGGAGAUGAGGACCAAGCACAAGGCCUACGAGAACGCCGUGGGCAUCCUCAGCCGCCGCCUGCAGGAGGCGCUCGCGGCCCGCGAGUUGGCCGAGGCUGAGCUGAGCCAGCUGCGAGCGGGGGCGGCCGAAGGUGGCAGCGACCUCACACUGCGCGAGAGGAUACAGGCCCUGGAGGUGGAGCUGCAGUCCGUCAGCCACAGCAAGGCCAUGCUGGACAAGGAGCUGCGGGAGGUCAUCGCACAGACCAACCGGGAGCUGCAGGAACAGCGGGAGAAGGUGGUGCAGCUGCAGGACGAGCUUCAGGAAUCGAGGGGCUUUCACAGGAACAUCAAGCGCCUUGAGGAGUCGAACAAGAAGCUGGCUCUGGAGUUGGAGCACGAGCGUGGGAAGCUGGCGGGCCUUGGACAGUCGAACGCAGCCUUGCGGGAGCACAACAGCAUCCUGGAGACGGCCUUGGCCAAGAGGGAGGCCGGCCUGGUGCAGCUGAACCUGCAGGUGCAGGCGGUCCUGCAGCAGAAGGAGGAGGAAGACCGCCAGACGCGGCAGCUCGUGCAGGCCCUGCAAACUGCGCUGGAGUCGGAGAAGCUGCUCGUGCACGGCCUCCGGGAACAGGUGGCCGCUGCCAAAAUGGAAGCUGGACAUAACCGCCGCCACUUUAAGGCCGCCACCUUGGAGCUGAGCGAGGUGAAGAAGGAGCUGCAGGCCAAGGAGCUUCUGGUGCAGACGCUGCAGACAGAAGCCGAGGGUCUGCGGGUUCAGGACGGGAAACAUUCCCAGGAAAUAGCGGGGUUCCAGGCAGAGCUGGCCGAGGCCCAGACCCAGCUGCAACACCUGCAGAAACAGCUGGAUGAGCAGCUGAGCCGACAGCCCCUAGGAAACCAGGAGAUGGAAAACCUCAAGUGGGAGGUGGAUCAGAAGGAGCGAGAAAUCCAGUCCCUGAAGCAGCAGCUGGAGCUGACUGAGCAGCAGAGCAGAAAGGAGCUGGGCGGCGUCCAGCAGCUACUGCAGAACAUGAGGUCUGAGUUGGAGAUGGUGCAGGAGAACCUGUCAGUGACCCAGAAAGAUAAAUUCAUGCUUCAGGCUAAAGUGUCAGAGCUGAAGAACAACAUGAAAACUCUGCUCCAGCAAAAUCAGCAGCUCAAGCUGGACCUGCGACGUGGCACAGCGAAGACGAAGAGGGAACUGAAGGGUGAGGCCAGCCCUUCCAGCCCCGUGACGCCGGUGAAGAUCCCCGACUGCCCGGUCCCCGCCUGGCUGCUGGAGGAGCUGCUGAGGCCCCCGCCUGCCGUGAGCAAGGAGCCCCUCAGGAACCUCAACAGCUGCCUGCAGCAACUAAAGCAGGAGAUGGACAGCCUGCAGCGUCAGAUGGAGGCACACACCGUCACCAUGCACGAGUCGCUGUCCUCAUGGACUCAGGGGGACCCUGCCGACAGCUCCACUGCCCCGGGAGGUCACGCCCACCCCGGGGGAGACUCCGAGCACUGCAGUCUGAGCAACACGUCCAGAGAGGGGCUGGGAGCGGAGCCCGCCGAGCUCCCCCACCCCGAGCAUGUGUAACUGCCCAGGGGACACUCUCAGGUCAUGUGCGAGGCUGUGUGCUCCCUGUUUGCCUACGAGGUGAAAUGCCAAGUGUGCGCUGCCUGUACAAGAGUAAAGCAACGAGAGCCGCGGGGGAGAGAAACAGCCAUUUGCAGUUCACAACUAGCUUUCCCACAAAAUGACCAAAUCUGAAAACCUGGUUCAGAUCUCGGUGAGAAAUAUUAGUAGCGGUCUGAGCGUCAUUUGCAGGGGUGGCCUCACUAGUGACGGUGGACACAGGUCGCCGUGGACACCUGGUCCCAAGUCCCCACGUCUGCUUUCUCGCUUCCUGUUUGAUUCAGUAAGAGCUUUACCUCCCUGCGGCACUGACACUUCAUUUGCACCUUGGGUUUUUUACUUUAUUUUCCAUCCCACCAUAGGACGUGUAUGUAAAUACUAGGAAUCGUAAGUACAUGCAGACGUUAAGAAUGACCUGGAUUGUGUUUUCAUUGAUUGCCUUUCGAAAAUCUGCUGUCAGGAAAUAACAUACCUAUAGGUUUAAGGGAUGUCAGUCGGAAAGUUAUAUUUUAAGAAAUAUAAUUAUUUUAUUUAUCUUCUAAAACCAAAUAUUCUUAGACAAAGAGCGUUGUUUUCAUUUCACUUUAUUUUUUAGGGUCUUCUGCUUGUCAUAAGCGCACAAUGCUCACCCAUGGGACCCCGGCCCUGCUUGGCCUCAGCUUGACCAACCCCGGGCAGGCCUUACGUCCCCGGGCGCUGACCUGACAUGUGCGGCGCACAGGGAGAGGCCAGAGGCCCGGAGGGCGGGCACCUGCAGGCCCCCCCCCCCACCAGCGAGGCUUCUGAGCCUCACUCCUCUGUGCCCACAGGGCCUGUGGUCAUCGAGAGCCCGGCUGGACUCAGUGGUGACAGCCUCCAGAGGCCAGAGGGCCUUUCACCCCAUCUGGAGAGGCAUGUGGGCCCUGGGAGGAAGGCAGCCAAGGUCCCUGAGCUCCCAGCUGGUGACACCGGCCCUGAGUGUGCGAGGUCGAUGGGGGUGUACGUUUUCCACCCAAAAUGCUUAAGCACCGCAGACACCGCCUGACUGAGAGAGUCGGGUGUGUAAGUUGUUCCCCUAGUUUGCUAAGAAAGUCUGAAAUACUAUUUAUUGUUGUAAGUUAGAGAAGAGAGAAUGGGUCCCUGUGCCUCCGUGAGAUCUGGUCUGAAGGUGACGGUGUGAAGUGUCGCGAACCAGACACGCUCGAGUCGGUGUGUCCUUAUUGUCUGUGUGGAGAAGACAGGAUGGUGUUUUCAAGCUGCUUGUGUUCUCCUGUACUAGCCAUUAGAAGGUUAAUUGAUAAAGUUAACGUAGGAUUAACUACAAAGACGUUUAGUGUUUAAAAAUGACUCCCGCGCAAGUAUUGGAACUCCUAAAACACGUGUGUCGUUGUACAGGGUUAAUCUUGAAAUAAUACUUGAAAACUUCAUUAUAACGGUGUCCUACUUUUCAACUUACGCUGCAAAUCAUUUUUGACAAAAUUGUUUUUGUACCAUUGGAAAAGAAAUGGUAGUUUACUUUGCUGCGUCAUCCUUAGUUGUAAUUUUGAAACCAAGAAAUGGACUCAGCCUCCCACCACUGCCGAAGGCCUGCCGUGGUGUCAUCAUGUGCGUUUCUCUUAGGAAAGGAUCAAGUGACUCAGUCCAUCCCUCGGAUGAAAGCCACUCUCUGCUCCUCACCCCUGUUCCUUCGUCUGGUCCCCUCCGUGUGCAGGUGCACACAUGCCCUGUGGUCUGUCAUCGCCCCGUCACCUCCAUCCUCAGUUCCCAGCUCUCAGGUCAGCAGACUCUCGGCCUGUCAUUGGUCUGAGCUCUCGGGCUCCCUGCCCCUGUCGUGUCACGUGUCCCCACCAGUCCCAUCUGGGGCUGUUGGUGUUCAUGCUGGCAUCACGUGGAGGCUUCCUUAACAAAGCAUCCGAAACAGGAAGUGGGACUUGGACCUCACCUG